UCAAACCCCUACCGCAGCAAUGCAGCAGCAGCCAUCGCCGGACUCCGACCUGCCGCUGCUCGCCUCCAUAAAAGUUCGGUCGUCGUCUCCGCGCUUCCCUCCUCCAACCACUCCACUCUCCACCGAAACCCCAACCGCCAACGCCCAGCGUAAGAUCGGGAUCGCCGUCGAUCUCAGCGACGAAUCCUCUUUCGCCGUCAAGUGGGCUGUCCACCAAUACCUCCGCCCUGGGGACGCCGUGAUUUUGAUCCACGUUCGCCCUACAUCCGUCCUCUAUGGAGCUGAUUGGGGAUCCGUGGACCUCUCCAUUGUGGACACCGACAAUGUGGAGUCUCAGCAAAAGCUCGAAAAGGAUUUCGAUAGUUUCACCACAUCGAAGGCUUCCGAUCUGGCACAGCCGCUUGUAGAGGCACAAAUCCCGUUCAAAAUUCACAUUGUGAAGGAUCAUGAUAUGAGGGAGCGGCUAUGCCUGGAAGUUGAGAGGCUAGGAUUGAGCGCAGUGAUCAUGGGGAGCAGGGGAUUUGGGGCUACGAAGCGAGGGACCGAUGGGAGGCUUGGCAGUGUUAGUGACUACUGUGUGAGGCACUGUGUCUGCCCUGUCGUUGUGGUGAGAUACCCUGAUGAGAAGGAUCGUUCUGGAGCCAAAUCCGUGGAGGAUCGAGGGGAUAAUAAAAUAUCAGGAACCAUCUGAUCAUAGGAAAGAUUCCUAAUCAAUACUCUGCUUUAUGGCUCCAUUUCAUUGCUACAGCAGGCAUAAUAUUGAGCAAUGGUUCCUAUAGAAGAAUUUACUUCCUCCUUACGAGUUCUGUAAUAAUAACUUAAGUUGCUAUGUAUUAUUCAGACUUGUGUUGUAGAUGUACUUUCUUUCGUAUCCUGAGCCUGUGUUUUCAACAUGAAUAAUAUUUAAGCUUCUAUAUAUCAUACUAUUUCCGGAGUU